AGUCCCGAGGCUUUGGCCUGCGCCUCCCUCGCCUGUCAAGCGCUUGAUUUCAUUGUUCCAGGCUGAUGUCACUCCCAGUUGUUACAGACGCUUCUUCGGGUAACAAUGUGGGACUAGGAGGCACAAAGGACCUUUCUGGAGAUACCCCAAAGGCAGCUGUGCACACUUCUAAGCAAAGUACUGUACUUCAGCCACUGAUCAUGUUUAUGAUUUGCCAACUUCAACACCUUCUAGGCCCAGGGUGCUGAUUUCCCUUAGAAGCAAAUCCAUGCAUUCCUACACCGUGGCAUCACCAGAUAGGAUGAGUGGGUCAGAUAACGGAUUGGAUGAAACAGAACUCAGCAUUACUCUCACUCUCCGGAUGCUUAUGCAUGGAAAGGAAGUUGGCAGUAUCAUAGGCAAGAAAGGAGAGACUGUGAAGAAGAUACGAGAACAGAGUACUGCCCGGAUUACCAUCUCGGAAGGAUCCUGCCCCGAGCGGAUCACCACCAUUACAGGAUCCACAGAUGCUGUUUUCAGAGCUGUUUCCAUGAUUGCCUUCAAGCUGGAGGAGGACUUGGGAAAUGGAGCAACCAAUGAAGGUACCAUUUCCAAACCACCCGUAACACUGAGGCUGGUCAUCCCAGCUAGCCAGUGUGGCUCACUCAUUGGCAAAGGCGGAGCCAAAAUAAAGGAAAUUCGAGAGACAACAGGUGCUCAGGUCCAGGUGGCUGGAGACCUUCUGCCCAAUUCCACUGAAAGGGCUGUAACAGUCUCUGGGGUACCAGAUGCCAUCAUCCAGUGUGUGCGACAGAUCUGUGCAGUUAUACUGGAGUCACCCCCCAAAGGUGCCACGAUUCCUUACCAUCCCAGCUUGUCCUUGGGACCGGUUCUUCUGUCAGCCAAUCAGGGAUUUUCCAUGCAAGGACAAUACAGUGGAAUAUCUCAAGCUGAGGUGACAAAAUUGCAGCAGCUUUCGGGACAUCCUGUCUCAUUUUCAUCCUUGGCACAAACUCCAUCUCUAGUUGCAGGCCUGGAUGCAAACUCUCAGAAUAGCUCUCAGGAGUUUCUAGUUCCCAAUGAUCUCAUUGGCUGCAUCAUUGGCCGGCAGGGGAGCAAGAUUAGUGAGAUUCGGCAAAUGUCUGGAGCGCACAUCAAGAUCGGGAACCAGACAGAGGGUUCUUCCGAACGUCAUGUGACCAUCACAGGCACACCAGUCAGCAUCACUUUGGCUCAAUACCUCAUCACAGCCUGUUUAGAGACGGCCAAAUCUACCUCCCAGACGCCCCCCGUUGACCUCGGCAUGACUUUCUCCCAGCCCCUCACCCCUUCGCCAGCCCCAGCGCUGACAGCAGUGGCCGCACCUCCCCCAACCUUGCUUGGUCCCCCCUAUGCCAUCUCCCUCUCCAACUUCAUCGGCUUGAAACCCAUUCCCUUCUUGACACUGCCCCCUUCCUCAGCCACGGGGCACAAUGGCAACCUUGCCACCUACACGACCAAGAUCUCCACAGCCAAUUCAAGCAAGAAGGGUGAGAGACAGAAGUUCUCCCCAUACUGAAGCAGGAAGGUGGGGCUGUGGGGCAGGGAGGGGAAAAUU